AUGGAGCAGGUUCAUGGUGUCGACGUCAGCUGGAUGACUCCAGGGUCCUCCAAAGGCAUGUCUACAACCUCUUCUGCGCGCCCGCUCAACUCGCUCCCAGGGCGAUUCUCGACAUUCGUCACUACGACUUGGAUCAAUCGCCGCCGAACUGCUCUCUGCAACGAUUGCGCUAACCUCCUAUCUACAGACAAACUCAAUAAAUCCUCGCCGCCGAAGGCCACCACCACGCAACCGCGCCAAAUACCAACAGCAUCGAACGGCACACCGUCACAUCAAACAAAUGAUUCCAAGUCUGGAGUCGAGGCCAAUGGCCAGCUCAGUACAUCUUUGAAUGGUGGCUCUAGCAUAACCAAACGCCUGUCGAGAUCUGGCUCUGUUGAUAAGCAACUCGGCCCUAACGGAACGCCGCCUGGACGUCGCAACACCUGGUUCUCCAAUAUCUCUGCCAAAUUCUCGAGCUCAUCCCCUUCCGCAAACGGCCCCCAGUUACCAACGGAACCAACGCCAUCUCAUCAUCACACAGGUCUGCUGCAACGAAGUACGUCGCACGAGGACCAACCUCCAUCACCACAAGCAUCUGAUCCUCCCGUACCGAAAAUCUCGCCCUCUAGAAACGCCGUCCUGCAACAUGGCGCCAAGCCCGAGGGUAGUGGUCCUUAUACACCUGCACCGCCCAGGUCAGGUCAAGCCGGCAUUCUCAGUGUUUUCCGUCGCCUGUCGUCAUCUUCCUCUGUCAAUGGCGCAACCCACAAUCGUCUUGCACACGGCCUUGUUCAACGCACAGUACUCAACAAAGACAAGCACAGAGAACGGUGUCCUAUCGGUGAGCUCAAGGCGGCCAAACUACGCCGCGUCGCGUUUUGCGUCGACGUAGAAAUCGCGCCGAUGCCCAAGUACGCAGAUGGCGAAGUUCCUACACAACCAAUCGACAAGACAUUGAAGAAGAAAAUUGGUGAAAGGGGUGAAGGCGAAGCUUUGAAAAGCGAUAGCGCUGUCAUGAAAGAAGAAAAUCUCGACGACGGCAAGUCAACACAAGCGUCAGAGGUCAAGGCCAGCGGUCCCGCAAAGGGCGCUGGCGAGGAGACUGGAGCCAUGGCAAACAAUGCCAUUGAUGAAAAGUCAAGCGGUGAAAACGACAGCGCAGAAGCGGAUACUCCAGCAGCUGAGAAGGAGCCAUCCAGGAAAAAGGAAAAGAAGAAGCGCAGCGAAGAAGAGCGCAAGGCGCGGAAAGAAAAGCGCAGGAAGCUGGCUGAAGACAAUGGCUCAAUUCCAGUCGAAAUUCAUUAUGACAGCAGUGAUUCGCUCGGUUCGACAAGCUCGGGCACACCUAACACGAGCUCUCUACCGACUAUAAACCCAGCCAGAAUAUACAGAAGGUGUUGCCAGCUCCGAGAGACGCCCAUCCUGAAGAAAAUCACGGAACAGCUCACAGACCCGUUCAACUUUUCGCUCGGAGUGCUUAGCAAGCUGGAUCUGACAGGCUACUGGCUACAGCUGGCCGAUUUAGUGACACUUGGCGACUAUCUUGCUGUUGUACCUGUCCGAGAAGUUUUGCUCGAGAACAUUGGUUUGACGGAUGAAGGCCUGCGAGUCAUUUUGGCUGGCCUCUUGGCCGCCAAACCACCCACCUUGAGUCGCAGAAAGCCAAAGCACGAACAAGAGCCUCAAGGCGGCGUAGUUGAGCGUCUUGUCUUGAAAAACAACAAGCUUGGUCCGGACGGUUGGAAGCAUUUGUCCUUGUUCAUAUACCUCUGCAAAUCAAUCAAAAGUCUCGACCUCGCUCACAUACCCUUUCCGCGCCAGGCACUCUCUCAAGUAGGCGCCACACUGCCCAACGGCCAGCACAUCCCCCGCAGCAUCGCCGGCAUCUUUGCCACGUCGCUUGGUGAUCGACUUGCUGGUCCAACCUUGGAAAUGAUCAACAUGGGCGAAACGGAGCCUAGCAUGGAGCAGCUCGGCGUCAUACUCGACGGCAUGAUGAAGUGCAAAGUGAAGCGGCUCGGCCUGGCGCACAAUUACUUGGAUGAGCAAGGCAUCAUGCAUGUGACGAGAUACAUUUCGUCGGGUAUCGUUGAAGGUCUUGACUUGGCUGGCAAUGACCUCCGGGGUCACGAAGAAAGGAUUGCGUCGGCACUGGAAGCGAAUGUUAGUCUUUGGGCUCUCAGCCUCGCGGGCUGCGAACUUGGGCCGUCUUCUCUCUCCAAGAUCUUGCCGGUUAUGGCGAGCAUACCAGAUCUUCGGUUCGUCGAUCUUUCACAUAACAGAGAACUGUUCCAAACGCGGCCCAGCGCUGUGGGUCUUCUAAGAAGAUAUCUACCUAAAUGCUCCGGGCUAAAACGUAUUCACUUGUCCGAUGUCAGCAUGAAUCCGGAGCAAGCCAUUGCUUUGGUGGAGGUGCUUCCGGAAAUUCAACAACUGGCACACAUCAAGCUACUGGAAAAUGAGGAACUCGUCAAGCUGGCACAUGCCAAGAGUGAAGAAGCUCAAGAGGAAGCUUGCGCACUUUAUGCUUCACUCAUGGCGGCAGCUCGAGUCUCCAAGAGCAUAAUCGCCAUCGAUAUUGACGUUCCUCAUGAUGAAGCGGGCGAAAUCGUCAAGGCCAUGGCGAAGCAGGUUGUUGCAUACUGUCUGCGCAACAUGGAGCGGAUACCGGAUACGGGUAUUGGUGCUGCUAUGGCGGCAACUUUGUCAGAGACUAAUGGGACUGACGAGUCCAAGCCUGCUGUUUAUUCUGACGUGAUUAUGCAUCUUGUUGGCCACGACGUGAUGCAAGAAAGCGACGAGGAAGACAACACCUCCGCUCCCGAUGAAGACUACGUGAUUGGAGGCACCGGGGUCGUCAAAGCACUCAAGUGCUGCCUCGAGAAUCGUGGAGACGAGUCGCAGCGCCAGUCCGGGGAAUAUAUCCGCGAAGCAGAACCUGACGCGUCUCUUGCAACUCGCAAGCUCCCAACAGGUGGCAAGGCAAAGGACAUGUCGAAGCAUCUGCUUGCGGGCGCACGCAAGAUUCGGCUGCGCUUACAGCCUGCGCUUAUCAAGGCUAAAGCGAACCCAGACGACGAGAUGACCCUGAGAAAGCUCACUUUCCUGGAUGAAACGCUGCAGGGCAUCAUCAAACGAUUCGAAGACGAAUACCCUGACACACGAGAGGUGGUCGAGCUCAGUAUAACCGAUCCGAAGCGCGACAGAAGCGGCUCUGCAGAGACGGUCAACAGCCCCGCCGUUGCCGAAGAAGCAGUAGUCUCGGACGGCGAAGAUGACGGCGAGAUACGCGCGCAGCGGCUGUCCCGCAGCAACUCGACGUUAUCCAAGGUGCUAGCUGAGGAGGAGGGUCGUGUGCACCGGGCGGGCCACCGGUUCCGGGUGGGCAUAGUGUCGCAGAUGCAGAUGAGGGACCUGAUGGCCACGAUUGACGACAUUGGCGCAGAUCCGCGACACGUACGUAUGCUGACGGAACUGGCCGAGGACGUGGGCGGCGGCUUCUGGGACGAGGUGCAGACCAAGGGCGUCAUUCAGGCCUACAAGGACAAUCGCGAGUCAUUGCUGACGACGAUGAAGCGUAACGACCCCGACGGCGCUCAUUGGGAGCGCUUCGUCGAGUCGCAGAAAAAGGCCCUCGCCAACCGCACCGUGCCCAGCGAGCAGGAGAAGUCGCUUCGUGAAGCGGCGCGGGCCGCCGACGAGAGUGCGAUUGCCGACUAA